AGAUGAAUCUAUCAAGAUGUUGAGAUUGGAGGGCUUGUUGAAAAAGAUACUGUGUCAAGGGCUUUUUCCCUGGAGUCAUUGCUCCAUUUCUGCUUCGAUGUUGGAGACGAUUGUCCGGCCUGGAGACAACAUCACCAUUUACUGUGACUGCAAAGUGUCAACUGGAAUAUAUGUAGUUUGGUUCAGGAACUGUUCCCAUCAAUACCAACCUAUUCUUGUUGUAGACUGGAAGACGAGCUCUUAUUAUGAAAGAAAAAUCACAUUCCCUCGUUUUAAAUUUGUGAAGAAUGAGUCGUCCAACUCCUAUGACCUGAUGAUCAUAAACGUCACUAAUUCUGAUGAGGGACUUUAUUACUGUGGAACUUUGGAGAACAAGGUAAAGCAACACGAAAACAAAAACCUUUUCUCUCAAGAAGCGUACCUCUAUGGCAACAUCACCACAAAGAUCACACUCUAUACAGAAACUCAUUUACCACACCGAAAUAUUUCCAUGCCAGUGGAGGAAUGUGGUUUGUGCUGGAAGCUGCUCUUUACUCUGUGUCCGGUUUUUUCUGCACUCUCAGCUCUCCUCUCCGCAUUUCUUGUUUACCUGCUAUGCCAAAAGUCAGCAACCAUCAAAGCUGAGAAAGAGAGAGGAAACACUUUAAGACAAACAGAAGAAGCACAGGAUGAGAAUGUGUGUUAUGCUGCCCUGGAAAUUCAUCAGCCAUCACAGAGAAGAGUUGUUUUAUGGAGUCAUUUGUCUAUUUCCACAUUAGUAGUGGAGAAAACAGCCAGACCUGGAGAAAACAUCCUUCUCUACUGUGACUGCAAGCAGUCAUCUGGAGUGUAUAUUGUUUGGUACAAGAAUUCUUCACAUGAAGACAAACCAACUCUUGUUCUAUAUGUAAGGAUUGAUUUAGGAACUGAAAAGAAAUUUCCUCAUUUAAAAUUUCUGAAGAACUUUACGUUUGAUUCCUAUGACCUGCUGAUCAUGCAUGCUAGCAAUUCUGAUGAAGGGCUCUAUUACUGUGGAACUGAAGAGACAAAGUUGGAGAUAGACAGAAAUAAAAACAUUGGGUCGAAGACAAUUCACCAAUACGGCAACAUCGCCACCAAGAUCAAACUCUAUUCCAGUGUUGCUCCUUCAAAUACAACCAUGUCUUAUGAGCAGUGUGGUUUGUGCUGGAAGCUGCUCUUUGCUCUGUGUCCUGCUGUUUUUAUUUUUUCCACCUUCUUGACCUCAACUUUUGGUUUUCUCCUUCGCUGGAAAACAGAAAUGCCUCGUGAUAAGGAGGAGAAAUGUGACUCCAUGAGACUACCAGAAAAAACAGAGGGGAACGAUGUGUACUUUGCUGCCCUGGAAGUCCAUCUGGCAUUUCAGAAAAAAAAGAAGAGAAUAAUCCACACAUCAGACUUCUGCAUCUUUACUGAUGUCAUAUACAACAUGAAAGUCGAAGAUUAAAAUGUUCUGAUGUCAGUGUUUGUUAAUUUGGUUAUGAAUGAAUGAAUGAAUGAAUGAAUGAAUGAAUGAAUGAAUGAAUGAAUGAAUGAAUGAAUGAAUGAAUGAAUGAAUGAAUGGCAAACUAAUAAAAAUACUCAGUUAUAAUUGCUGCCAGCUGCAAAUUAAAACAUGUUCACAAGUUUGACCAUCAAAACAAAAUUAUUAAAAAAUGCAAGCAAACAAAAUAAAUAGGGCAAAAAAUCUUUGUGCAUAAGGUUUUCCUUCAUAAUGCUAAAUGUAUUUCUGCUGCACUUCCUGUCUUUGUUUUUUGAUCUCUCUUCUUAACAUGUUUAAUGUGCUUUGGACAGUGAAACUGCUGUAACCUAAAAGUGCAGUCUGUCCUCUGCAGAAGUGUGAGGGGCUCUUUGUCAUUGUGGAUUUCCUGUUUUACUGAGCAGUGACUGUGUUUGAAGGUUAACUUUGCUUUAAAUUUUGUCUUAUUCCACACAUCUAGAUAAGCAAUGAAGUUGACACAUCUAUAAACAAACUCAAUAAGAAGUUAGUUUGAUUUUUAGUUUGAACUUCUGCAAAUGACAGAUGUACACAAAAUGUUCCAGAAACAGCUUUUGAAAAGUAGUAGUAGUAGUGGUAGUAGUAGUAGUAAUGACUGUUAAGAAAUGUAUUAGAUCAAUAAAAAGAAAAAUUAUAUCUAGAGACAGAUAUUUUCUAAAAGAAAAGGCUUUGGGAAUAUAAGAACAAAGUACAUCAGGGUAUUAUGAAUUUCAAAAGAAUCCCUCUUUAUUUUGGUUCCAGUUAUUGUCAUUUCUCAACCAUAAAAUAUAUAUUUUAGCUGAAAUGGCACUGUGUACUAAUACAUAGUCACUGUAGUAGUCUGUCUGUUGUGAUGCAUGUAUUCAUACAGAUGUAUUCAUACAGAUUAAAUUGUUUUAUAGUACACUAUAUCUUCUUAGUACUUUUGAAAAAUAUAAAUGAAAUAAAAUCUGAGAAGUAGGAAGUGCAUUUGUAUUCACCUCCAAGUCUAGAGGUGAGUAUUUACCAUUUAAACCCAUGCAAAUGCUUUCAUGCACUAUAUACUUUAUGUUGAUGCAUCACAUAAAAGCCUCCCAAAAUGCAUUAAAUGGUUACCCAAGAGAAGACCUUCACCAGUCACCAGGUUAAGUGGUUGUCCUAAACCAGAGAAAGUAGCAAAUUGGACGUUUGUCUAUCUGGCAAGGAAAAGGUUCCACAUGUAUGACAACCAAUGAUGUUAAUGAUAAAGACAAGAAAAUGCCAUCAGUAGCACUAUUGUAGGCUCUUUCUUUUCAGUGCACCAUCAAUUCAGAUGGUGCUGAGCUUAACGCCUUUGCUCUUACUUUGUUUUCAACUAACCCUGGCUAUUCUACAGUUGUUUACUUGCAUUUUGAGAAAACCUUUUCACUAGAAAAGGCUCAUUAACAGUGAUGACUGGUUAUCCACUCGUCAGGACUCAACUCAUAUCUCUGGGAUUACAGGAUCAUAGCUUCAGCAAUGGAUGUGACCCUUGUAACAAUAAGGCUGCUUUCACAAAGUAAAUGAGGUUUUGUAGCUGAUGUACACCAUGUAUCUUGACCGUGGUGAGAGAUCUUUCUGAUCUCCCUGUACUUGUUUGAGUUGAUGAUGACUAAUAAAACCCUACAGUUUGAUACUCACAGGGAUCUUAGUAACAGUUUAUGUUUUGGGAGCUGACAACAGUCCUUUGACUUUAUACGAAUAGCAGUGGUGAGUUUUAUGGUGUGAAUCUAUUGGGCAUGUUAACCACCUUCAUUUCAUCAUUACCAAAUCUAGUCAAACCUCCAGUUACUUCUGAACUCAUGCAUCAUGCUAUGAAAGUAGAUACAAAUCAUUAGGAGGAAAAACAACUCAACACAGUUUGUAUCAAUAACAAACGUGGUUUAAUUGCUAAUUAAAAUAUUCAAAGAUUGUGAUUUUGAAAGAUUACAAUCUUUGAAUAUUUAUUUCCUUAACUUAAAGUUUAUUGCACACUGUUAUAUACUGCCAUCUUGUGAGUAUCUUACAAGCAACGUGGCACGAAUAAGAUGGAAGUUGCAAACGACUCAAUGAGAAUCCUUUGUGGGAUGCCCAGAGGGGGAAGUGGCAGUCAGAUGUUUGUAGUUGUGGUGUUUGCACCUUUAAAUGACUUUUAAGGAAGUUAAUGUUCACCUUCAGGGAAUGAUUCAAUGAUUGUGGUAACAUAAAUUUUAGGACUCGGAUCCUACAAAGAGUUCUUGUUAUUCAGCCAAUCUGAGGAGAUACUGGUUGAAGUGUCUUUGUGAAUGCAUUUAUUUCUUUUUAAUUAAUUCAGAUUUUUUUUCUUAUUUUAUGAUUUUGUAUUUGAAGAUUGUUUUUAUAUUUCUUGUUAUGGAUUGUAUGCUUAUUUCAUUUUAUGUAAAUAUGGACGUGAAGCCUGUUAAGAAAUAUUGAAUCUAAUUUUUGUUUUCAUUACCAACUUCUUCUGGGAUGAAAAGGAGCCAUCUGUCACAAAACACAUUGUACUGCACAAACUGUACAGGUCAAUUAGUACUUGCUUUAGGUGUGUUUUCUAUUGGCUAUGGUAACCAUCGACUUAAAGUAAUGUCCUAUAAAUGGUUCAUAAUUGGAGGAGAUUGUUGAGACUUAUUUUGGUUUUAUCAAGCCCUCAGAUUCACAUUUCCUCAGCUAUUGGACUCAAACAUACUCAGUGGAAAUGGAGAGUAAAAUAAAUCUUCAGGAACGGAUAUACAGAAUAAAAGCCAAUUGAGAUUUAGACAUUUCUGUAUGAUCUAUUGUAAUCUACAGGAGAGAAUCACCAGUAUAAGAAACAUGGCUUCAAACUGGUUUGUUUACGAGUUCAAAACUGACGGUAAGUACAAAAUAACUAUGGUUGGGGAUAAAAUGGAAAUAGGAACUGAGGUGAACUGGUGAAAACUAAAGAGUAAAGGCAAAAUUGCUUUGCAGAUUGAUAGAGUGAUGUGGUGAUAGUAUGAAUUGUGUGACCAGCCAGCUGGAGGACUUGAAAGAUACGAUGUGGUAUGGUAUAUUUGAAAGUAUGGCAUAGAGAUACUUCUGAAGCAUACUUCAGUAGUGCUGACAUAGAUGCCACAUGAAACCUCCUGUCAUGCUUCACUGUCAGCUUUAUUUUUGAAAACUUGCAGCUGUAUGGGAUAUUGCCAUCUAACGGCAUGAUCUUCUCUUUUCCUGCAAAGUUUCAUGGGCUCCUCCGCUCUGUUCCUCCCAUCCUGUUGUUUGUAGAGCCCCACUGCUAUGCAUACUUAAUAUAUGAAAAACAAACAUAAACGCUGUAAAAGAUAGUCUUUAUUCUUUAUAACUUUGGUUGAUAAAAUCCAAGGAUAAUCACACUGAUGAGCAUUUGUUCUUUGUUCUGCAGAUUUCAUCAUAUUGACAAGAUAAACCUGCAGUUUACCUGCAGGCAAACUGUGCAAUUAUUGCACAGUUUGCAAUAAUUGUAAUUCUGUUCUCUAUGUAGUUGUACUUUUACAGUGUAUUUUUGAUUAUGAGAGGAGAUGUGUAGCUCUGUGCAGGAGGGCAAAUAUUCUUUAUGCAAGUGGAAAAAUAUAUAUUCUUUUUCACUGAAAAAAUAAAGGUUUUUUGAUUUACUUCUAUAUAUAUCACAGAGGAGAUAGGUUAAAAAUAUUAGUACUCUUAUAUACCAGGAAAUGGUUAACUUUUUCUGUAGUUGCCUAACAAUAGUCAUUCUUUGUGUGAAAGAGAGGAAAUGAAAUUGAUUGGGUCAUGGCUUUAAAGCUGUGGAACCAUCUGCUUUCACAUUUGUGGUUAGCUCUACUGACUGUUCCUUUAUAACAUAGAUAAAGAACAUACCUGUUUAGUCAGACAUUAUUUUAGAAUUAAGUCUGGCAUUGUCAAGUGAAUAAUCUUACUGUUUUUAUUUUGGAAUUUUUGUCUUAUGUAUGUCCAUUUUAUUUUACUUUGUAUUCUGACUGAUUAAAGAGCUGAUAAACCA